UACUUUCUUUUGUGAAUGUGAUAUCUUAAAAAAUGAAACAGUUAAAACUUACAGGUUUUGUUAUUUUCGUUUUCUUUUUGACUGAAUCCUUAACCCUGCCCACAAAGCCUCAAGAUGUAGAUGAUGUCAGUAUCACCCAGAAAUUUAUAGAGGAUAAUAUUGGAUAUAUCACCAUCAUUGCAUUUGCUCAAUAUAUUCAGGAGGCAUCCUUUGAAGAAGUAGAAAUGUUGGUAAAAGCCAUGACAGAAUACAGAGAUAAAUGCUUGGCUGACAUGACACUCCCAGAGUGUUCAAAAUUAGCUAAUGAUGUUUUACUGGAAAAUAUAUGUGCUAUGGAGGGACUGCCACAAAAGCAUAAUUUUUCACACUGCUGCCAUAAGGCUGACUUUGAAAGAAAACAUUGUUUCCUCCAUAAUAAGAAAGCUGAUGUAGGAUUUUUGCCUCCUCUCCCUACUCUGGAUCCUGAAGAGAAAUGCCAGACUUAUAAAAAUAACAGAGAAUCUUUUCUAAACAAUUAUAUCUACGAAGUUUCCAGAAGGAACCCCUUUGUUUUUGUCCCUACACUUCUUACUGCUGCUGCUCGUUUUGAGGAGAUGACUAAAAUAUGUUGUGAAGAACAAGAAAAAGCUAACUGCUUUCGAACAAAGGCAGAAACUUUCAUACAAUAUUUAAAAGCAUUAUCUUCUUAUCAAAAAAAUGUCUGUGGGGCACUUAUGAAAUUUGGACCACAAAUCUUAAAAUCUAUAAACAUUGCUGUACUUAGUCAAAAAUUCCCCAAGAUUGAAUUUAAGGAACUUAUCUCCCUCCUAGAAGAUGUUUCUUCCAAAUAUGAUGGAUGCUGUGAAGGGGAUGUUGUGCAGUGCAUCCAUGGCAGGAGCAAGGUCAUGAGCCAUAUUUGUUCAAAACAAGAUUCCAUCUCCAGCAAAAUCAAAGAGUGCUGUGAAAAGAAAAUACCAGAGCGCGGCGAGUGCAUAAUUUACUCAAAUAAAGAUGAUAGACCAAACAACUUACCCUUAAGAGAAGCAAAGUUUACUGAAAGCGAAAAUGUGUGUGAGGAACGAGAUGCUGACCAAGAGAACUUCAUGGCCGAGUUUCUUUAUCAGUACUCAAGGAGACAUCCAGAACUGUCCACACCAGAGUUGUUAAGAAUUGCUGGAGUGUAUGAGGAUCUCCUGAGAGAGUGUUGCAACACGAAAAACCCUCCAGACUGUUACAGACAUGCAGAAAACAAAUUCAAUGAGACAACUGAGAAAAGCCUCAAGAUAGUACAGCGAGAAUGUGAACAUUUUCAGAUUUUGGGGAAGGAUGACUUGAAAUACCACUACCUCAUCAAUCUCACAAAGCUAGCCCCCCAGCUCUCCACUGAAGAACUGACCUUUCUUGGCAAGGAAAUGGUGACAGCUUUGACCACCUGCUGUACACUGAGUGAAGAGUUUGCCUGCGUUGAUAAUUUGGUGGACUUAGUUCUUGGAGAGUUAUGUGGAAUAAAUGAAAAUCGAAGUAUCAACCCUGCUGUGGACCACUGUUGUAAAACAAACUUUGCCUUCAGAAGGUCCUGCUUUGAGGGCUUGGAAGCCGAUAAGACAUACGUGCCUGCAUCUACCUCUCAAGGUUUAUUUAUCUUUCACGCAGACUUGUGUCAGGCUCAUAACGAGGAGCUCCAGAGAAAGAAAGACAGGUUUCUUGUCAACUUAGUGAAACUGAAGCCUGAACUUACAGGGGUGGAGCUGCAGUCAUUGCUGGCGGAUUUCACGAAUGUGGUGAAGAAGUGCUGCCAGGCCCAGGGGCCUGAAGCCUGCUUCAAGGAAGAGGGUCCAAAAUUGUCAGCCAAAAGUCAGGUUGCUUGAAAAACAUCAAGUAAAACUCACCAAAGGUUUCGGAGAAAAGAGAGGAAGACCAACAUACCUGCUUCCUAUCUGUCCUGUGGUGAAUUUCAUUUUCUGAGAAGAACACAGUAAAAAAUUCUCCUGUAAUCAUUAUCUGAGAUCAUGUUAUUGCAGCAAGCAAUAAACAACAACAUUAUAAAGUUAUUUCUCAAAGACUAAUUGUCAUGUGUCAACUUGUUAACAAAAUUAAACAAUCAAGAGUCAUUCAUUCCUUCAGGAUCUUUGGCUCAUUGGCUAAAUCUACUACUUUAUGGAAGACAGGACUCUGAAAUAGCAAUUGUGAGGGCAGAAUCCUCACAGAUUCUGUUCUUGAUGCUACUGGGAAGAAAAUGGGGAGUUGUGGGCAUGCCGCAUGACUUCUACUACUACUACUACUAUUACUACUACUGCUGCUAUUACUAGCUGGGAUUGAAUGUUUUCAAUGUAAAAACAUUGUCGUAGGUACUUCUAAUGCAUUACCUCAUUUAACUGUAACAACUCUAUGAAGUAAACCUUUUUUAUUCCCAUUUUACAGAUAGGGAACCUGAGGCUUGGGGAUAUAAACAAAUCUGUUCAAUGUCAUAUGACUAGUAAUUGCCAGAACCAAGGUUUGAAUUUGAGCCCUCUAAUUUCAGAAGAAUAUUCUUAGCCACUGUACACAACGCCUGUGUAUGGCCGUGUUGUGGGUGUCUUAUAAAAUCUGUUAUUAAGAGAAGGGGAAAACUGCCCAAGCCAUCUGUGACAGUGACUCUUUUCUCCCCACAUCCCCACUCCAUGCCAAAAUUGCUAUUAUGCUGGAGCUGUAAGCUUGGCAGUGACAUCUAAGGAGAGGGAGUGGUAGGAACUGUGAAGCCAGGAAAUGAAGGUUGGUCAUGGGAUCAUGGCUUGAUGAUCCUGGCUCUUCUCUAAACUUUUAAGGUUUUUAGUAUUUCAAUGUCUGAAAUGAAAGAUGAUGACCAUCGAAGAGAUAAAUACAUGAAAAUAUUCAGAGUUCUUUUGGUUUAACAUUUAGAGCAUAGUGUUUGGGAUUCUCAUUCAUUUAUCAACAAAUAUUUAUUAGAUCCUACUGUGUGUCAGACAUUGUAGAUGCAAAUAUGAGGCAAUUAGACAUGGUUCUUAAGUCCUGUUGGGCAGGGGAGAAGGAUAGUAAGCAAUCGCAUACAGUGUCAUAGGUGCAGGAUGGAAACAGCCCCUGCUGUGGGAGCACGUAACACCCGCACUCAAUCUAAGCUGAAGAUGCAGGUGGGUGGGGAGCAGGGGGAUUAUAUUCCUUCUGCCAGUAACUUGCUGUAUGGCCUCAGACACAAGUACCCUAUGAUCUAAGACUCCCAUUUCUUGGUGUAGGGUGAAAGAAUAAUCCCCACAUCACAAAGGCUUUAGAGAAAUGUAUUAAAUUACUAUAUAAAGUAUCCAAUACAAUGGCCAGCAGAUAAUAGGUGUUUAAUUCAUGAAGCUAUUUUGUCCUUUUACCAUUUUUCCAAGCACUCUUGUUUAUUAACAAGGAUAAUAAGGAAGAAAAUUUUACUUAGAUCAUGAAUAAUAAGUUUAGCAAACAGAAGUGAAACAGAGAAUAGUUUGCUAAUUCAAUUUUGUACCUAGUAGUGGAUUCUGCUAUGUGUCCAGUGCUAUGUUAAGAGCAGCAGAUAUGAAACCAGAGACCCAGGAAACUCUGCCAUCACGAGACUCUAUUAUCACAGAGGAAAUUGCCGUGCAACUCUCUCCACUGAUAUGCCAGAGAACACACUGAGAGAAGGCGGGUAACCAGUGUGAUGUGAAGAAAGGAAGGAGAGGAAUGUUUUAUUCAGAAGUCAUGCUUUUCCUGGAGAAGAGAGGAUUUGGAACAAGGGCAAGUCACACCUACUCUGUAUUGCUCAGACAGAAGCCAUACCAAUGAAUAGAACGUACCUGGACUCACUCGAUGCAGGAAGACUUUUCUAGUACUAGAGAUCUUUGGAAACGUGAUCGGCCUUGGGUGCUAUAAUGAGGGCCAAGACUGCACGUGCAUGAGCCAUCACCACCCAGGUUUUUGGUGGGAUCCAGGGACCCAGCCUUGCUCUUUCUAACUCUGUUUCUAUGACUUGGACUAGAAUUAGGUUUGCUGUAAAAAUAAUAUUUAUUAAAAAUCAUCAUUGUGUCUUGUACUUGGACACCUUCCAUUUUUGAUCUUAAAGGUCAGCAUGGAGAUCUUCCUCUCUUAGAGAACAAAUUCUGUGCUGUCUUUUGAAUUCUAUCACAAAACCCAUUCCCUUGCCUUUGCUUAAAUAAUCCCCACAGCUUGUCUUUCCUCUGGUCUAAAAUUCUGUUAUUAAUUACUAAUAAAGAACUUAACUUUU